AUGCCCAACGCGAAGCGGCUCAAAAACAGCGCUGCUGCGAAGGCCAAGGCACCCGUCCACCAUGAAGAGCCUGCCGCCGAGCACCCGACGCCUGCAGAAAUCGAAGAGGAGGAGCACCAAUUCGUGCAGGUCGCGCGAGCACAUUGGCUAAAGAAGACGAAGAAGACUGCCAAGGUCAAGGUCAAAAACGAUGUCCUGAAGCAAAUAUGGGAGGCGCUCGAGAGAGACGGCUUCCAGCACAAAUCUUUGCUUCUCUUGGAAAGCUUGCAGACCCUGGAAAGCUAUCUGUGGCCGGGUUACACCGAAGAAGCGUCCAACUUUCACGUCUUAUUGAUGGCGCUUAUCAUCAACGUCAAGCGCAGAGAGCACCUCGAGACAUGGACCCUAUUUGAACAGAAGCCCGAAGAGUUCUCUUCCUUCUUUCGCCGCGUACUGUCACUGACCCUCGAUCGAACACUUGCGACGACCCUUCGAACGAAUCUGCUCUGUUUCCUGAUCCAUGCGUUCCAGAGCUUGGACUCUAGCAUUGUGAGGAGGGAAUGUGCGCCAUUGGUUUCUAUCGGCAUUUGGCACAACAUCUCCACAGACCAGGAGCGGGACCGACUCUUGGACCAGACAACACAGCUGAGGAAAUCCUGGAGAGCUGCUCAGAAGCGCUUCGACGCUGGAGACGAUGCAAUCAAGGCUCGACUGCGCUUUGAGCGCUCUUGGCUGUAUACGCUCCUCCUUGACUUCCUUAGCGUGCUUUAUGAAGAGAAUCGCAAAUCAGAGCAAGACUUGUAUUGCGAGCGGUUUACCGAGUUCAUCACUGACUUGCAGAGCCAAUUACCCACGAGGCGAUAUGUCAAUGCUUUACAAAACGAUUUGAAUCUUCUUCCGGCAAUGAAACUAUCUCCCAUGUACAAUGACGAAGCGAACGGUCUUUUCCGCGAUCUUCAAUCUCUGCUUGCUCACUUCACAUACUUUUCAAUCGACGACCAGACGGGUGCUCAGCUUACUCGCGAAGAGGCCUACGAAAAACACUGCAAGGCACUCGGAAAGCUCCAGCGCACUGCCCUCAAGCACUUCAAGCAGAAGUUAACCGUUCUUGCCCUCUCCAACUACGGCUCCAUCGAUAAGCGAGAGGAGUUGAAGAAUCUCCUCGAGCCGCUAACGGAUGACGAGGUUGCGUCUCUAGCUGGGUAUUUGGGCAUCCGAACGACAUACCCUGAAGACCUGAAACUCCCUGCCGGCCGCCAACUGCAAAUAGAGUGCAUGCUCAGCACCUUUGAGCGCAAGAAGACCUUCCAGGAGCUGGCUCAGAGCAUGUCGAUUGUUCCCACAGAAAGGACAUUGUUUGAUGCCAGCUUCCAGAGAGCAGACUCAUAUGACGGAUCGCAUCCGCUUGCACUGCCCAAACUGAAUCUGCAAUACUUGUCUGCCGGCGACUUCCUCUGGAGAGCGCUGGUUCUCUACCGCUGCGAAGCAUUCUAUGGUAUUCGCAGAGACAUCGAGGCGGCUAUCCGUCGGCUUAAACCAGAAAGCAAAAAUCCUGGCGAGACCAACUUUACUGGCUUCUCCAAGAUGGCUAUGCCGGUCUCUAAGCCCGCUAUCCUCGAGGUGGUUCCUGCGCUGAUUGGCGAUUCCAAGCCGUCCAUGGUCAAGGCUGAAGUCUCACUUGAUGUGCGCAAGCUCGGUGAUCACGUGCGCAAGGAGUGGGAUUCUCUACGCCCGGAUGAUGUAGUGUUUCUGCUGUCAGUUGAGCAACCGGCAGAUGAUGCCAUUACGAACAGAGCCCCUUUGAGUGAACUGGAAACGCUUGGUGUUGUGUCAGUACGCGCUGCUGAGGUCAUUCGCGUUACGGACGACAAGGGGCGUCAUGGCAGGGAAGCCAAGAGCCGUGAUGGGAAGCGCCGUAUUGAGCUGAAGCUUGAUUCUCAAACAUAUGCGAGGGAUGCUGCCCUGGCCGCUGCGGGCAAGACAGACGUCUAUGGUAGUGUGAACCUGCUUCUCAGAAGAGGCCGUCGCGAAAACAACUUUAGGCCAGUUCUCGAAUCGAUUCGAAAACUUGUGCUCUCUGAUGCGCCGCUGCCCAGCUGGCUGCAUGAAGUGUUCCUGGGCUACGGUGACCCAGCAGGCGCGAGCUACAAGAAUUUGCCGAACCGAAUCAAGACUGUCGAUUACAACGACACGUUUUUGGAGUGGCAGCAUCUUAUUGAGAGCCUGCCGGGCAAGACUGUGGAGCCAAGCGAUGAUGUGAACGGUAGUUUCGGACCACCAUACGUAUUGGAGACACUGGGGAAGCCCGAAGUCCAAGCGCCGGUCAAGGCCUCGAAGAAGAGACGUCGGGACGCUGAACCUGUGGCGGCAAUGGAGGCAGAGACCCUAAAAGUCACCACAUACAGGCCGCCGAACCAAGGCCCGUACCCCAUUGACGCCCCAAAGCUCAACUCUGUUCGCUUCACGCCGGCGCAGGUCGAAGCCAUCAUGUCCGGCUCUCAACCUGGUCUGACAGUUGUUAUUGGACCCCCCGGAACCGGCAAAACAGACGUGGCGACUCAGAUCAUUCAUAACAUCUACCACAACUUCCCGAAGCAAAGGACACUUCUAAUUGCGCAUAGCAAUCAGGCACUGAACCAGCUCUUUGCCAAGAUUAUUGCACUCGAUAUCGACGAAAGGCAUUUGCUAAGACUCGGUCAUGGAGAAGAGGAGCUGGCCGCUGAAGGAAGUUUUAGCAAGCAUGGACGCGUUGACUCAUUCCUUGACAACCGUGCCCGCUUCCUAUUCGAAGUCAGAAAACUUGCCAGCAGCCUAGGCGCGCCUGGUGCUCACGACAACUCUGCUGAGACGGCAGGGUACUUUAACACAGUCUAUAUCCAGCCGGCCUGGAAGAAGUUUGAGCAGAUUAUCGCCUCGGAUGAAUCGGCAGUGGCACAGAUCAUCGAAGGCUUUCCAUUCCACGGCUACUUUGCGGAUGCUCCGCAGCCCCUCUUCCCGCCAGAGGCUGAUCGUGAUCAAACAAUCGACAUUGCCCAAGGCUGCUAUAGACAUAUUGGAAAAAUCUUCUCCGAGCUGGCCGACAUUCUGCCAUUCGAGAUUCUGCGACGAGAGCGCGACAAGACUAACUAUCUGCUGACGAGUGAAGCACGCAUCGUGGCCAUGACCACUACGCACGCUGCUGUCAGGAGCGGAGAGAUAGCUUCUCUUGGCUUUCACUAUGACAAUGUCGUGAUGGAAGAAGCUGCUCAAAUCACGGAGAUUGAGACGUUUAUUCCACUGGCCAUGCAGAAGCCUGUCAAUGGUGACGUGCCUUUGCAAAGAGUCGUCCUGUGCGGUGAUCACUUGCAGAACUCGCCCGUCAUUCAGAGCCUUGCGUUCCGACACUACGCCAACCUGGAGCAAUCGCUGUUCUCGCGUUUCGUCAGACUCGGCGUUCCGACGAUUGCGCUUGAUCAGCAGGGCCGCGCCCGUCCGUCCAUUGCUCGCCUGUACCAGUGGCGCUACCCCAAGCUGGAUAACCUGCCCGUUGUGAGCACCAACGCCGAGUUCAAGCAAGCCAAUGCCGGUUUCAAGUUUGAUUUCCAGUUCAUCAAUGUGCCCAAGUACAAGGGCAAGGGGGAGAUGGAGCCGACGCCACACUUUAUCCAGAACUUGGGAGAGGCAGAGUACGCUGUUGCCAUUUACCAGUACAUGAGGCUUCUCGGAUAUCCAGCAGAGAAGAUCAGCAUCCUGACGACGUAUGCUGGACAGAGAGCACUUGUUAAGGAUGUGCUGUCCCAUCGCUGCGCCAGAAACCCAAUCUUUGGCAUGCCCAAGGCUGUUGCUACGGUUGACAAGUACCAGGGAGAACAGAACGACUACAUUAUUCUUUCUCUCACUCGUACAUCGCGAGUCGGAUACCUGCGUGACGUGCGCCGCAUGACGGUGGCUAUGUCUCGUGCCCGCCUCGGCCUGUAUAUUCUCGGACGUCGCGAAAUCUUUGAAGCCUGCCACGAGCUGCGACCGGCCUUUGACAUUCUUCUCUCGCGUCCAGACAAGCUGAUGCUCGUGACGGGAGAGCUUUGGCCUACGCAGCGUCCUGUCAUCACGGCGGAUGAAGACGGCUCUGCCCCCGUCGAGAAUGAAGUUGCCAUGGAGGGCGUCGAGCAUCUCGGCCAAUACGUGUUUGAGAUGACGAGCACCAAGAUGAAGCAGCUGAACUCGGAGAAUCAUAAAAUGGUGGAUGUGGUGGAGACGAUCGCGGAGGAAGAUGGAGGGGGUGAGGAAGGAGAGGAUGAGGAGGCGCAGACUACGUACUAUGAUCAUGUGGUAGAGCCGGAUAUCCAGGAGGUUCGCGAGGGUGAGGCGAACUAA